CCGCGCCAACAGCUGAAAUAAAAAAUUUAAUACGAAAAAAGAAACAAAAAAGUCUGCUUGCGGUGCACAAUAAUUGAAAAUUAAUUGAAAACCCACAAAUAUUCACAAAACCCAAAAUGGAAUCGGAUACGCUGGAUAUGGAGAGUGCUGCGGCAGCAUUGAAAAAGUUGUCGCAAAGUGAAAGUGCGGGUGGCAAGGAAACAGCAGCAACAGCAUCAGCAGCGGCGGAAGGGGCGCCGCCAACAAAGAGACAAAAGACUGUCGCCGAUGAGGAGGAUCGAGAGGUGGCAGAUAGGGAGAAGGAAGAAGUAGACGCAGACAAUGAUGAUGAGCAGGAGGAGAAUGAGGCUGAGGAUGAUGAUGACGAAGAGGUGCCACAACUGGUUGCUGCUGCUGUCGAGAGCUGUGUGGAUCGGGUUCAAAGCACUCAAAGCAACCCGCGUACAUUCCGACGCAUACCCGUCUUCAUUGUGGACUAUCAUAACGAUGUGCUGGAGUUUAUCUACCGCUGCCUGGGCACGCGACACCUGCCGCUGGAGAACAAUCUGCUGGUGCACUUUGACUCGCAUCCAGACCUGGUGAUACCGCGGCACAUAGCCGCCAGCUCCACCUACGACAAGGAGACGAUGCUGAAUGAGCUGAGCAUUGAGAACUGGAUCAUGCCCACGCUGUUUGCAGGCCACUUUAAUCGCAUGGUGUGGCUGAAGAAUUCGUGGUGCCAGCAGAUACCCACCGGCAAGCAUGACUUUAAGAUUGGCCAGAAGGACGAUCGCAUUGGCGUGGACUGUCCGCUGGAUUACUUCAUUGCCGAUGGCAACUACUGCAACAGCGACGACCUGCAGGAGGCGCGCCAGGUGGAGCUGCAGGUCUACGAUGCAGACAGCGACAGUCUGGAUCCCACGCAGUUUGUCACAGCGAAGGAUGCCAAGGGUUUUGUGCUGGACAUUGACCUGGACUUCUUCAGCACAUCGAAUCCCUUUCUGGAGAUCUACAAGGACGCCGAUUGCUACAAUCAACUGAAGGAGAUCUUUCACUUUGUGAGCGUGGAGGCCGUGAAGAAGGCGGCCACGGCCACCAUAUCGGAGUACAUGGCCACGGCCGACAAGCGGCAGACACAGCUGGAGGCACUCAAGCGGAUCUUCUGGCAUCUGGAGGAGCAGCGCAGCCUGGAGGGGCUCGAGCUGCCCGACGAGACUGUGAUCAGUCCCGAGGUUUAUGCCAAGAUCGUGCAGCUCACCGAGCAACUGCAGGACAAGUAUCCGGACGAUGAGAUUGACUGGCACUUGAUAUUCGACUCGGGCAGCACCACGGACAACAACGGGCUGCCGCAUCACAUCAGCACCAGCCAGGAGCUGGAGGAGUAUUUUGCGAAUUUCAAGCGUUUCCUGGAACGUCUGCCCGUGCCGCCCGUGGCCAUAACGAUGGCUCAUUCCGCUCAGGAUGAUUACUGUCCCCAGAAUCAGGUGGCCUUCAUCGAGGAGCGAGUGCUGCGGCUGCUCAAGGACGUCUUUGGCGAGAGGCUAAACGAUAAAGCAAUCCUACAGUAUAUGGACGAUCCCUGGGACGUGAUGAAGCUCUAGGCGCAAAAAGGGAUACCCCUGGAACACAAUCUCGUAUCGAAUCCAAGACUUAAUCGAAAUCCCCCCUUUGAAUGAUUCCCCCAGAACUUACAGUGAGAGAAGCAAAGCAAAAGAUGGAAAAAUCCAAUUAUAAAUUAUACACAUAUUUUUUUUAUUUUCUAAA